AUGGUGUCCUGUGCUCUCUUCAUCCUGGGCCCUUUGUGGAUUUACAUUUUGCCACAAGUCUGCAGGGGAGAGGAGCUGUCCCGGGCAUCCCUGUUGUCCUGGUUCAGCGAACGGGUUCUGGAGGGCCUCGGGCUGGAUGGGCCUCCUCCAACCACAAUGCAGGGUCCUCUGGGGCAGUCAGAAACACGGUACACACCGCGGAGGGCCCCCAGGACAAGCAGGACAGCGCGGGUCAACCAUCAAACUAGUCUGAAGCAGGAAAAGUCUCAAAUUAUUCUCUUCCCCAGUUCUGACUCAGCCUGUGCCAGAUCUGACUCAGCCCUGGAAGAAACCACUGACAGCCACUUCACAUAUUACUUCCAGCCCUCCAUGAGCAACCACAAGACCCUGGUCGCAUCUGCCCACUUCUGGUUCUACGCAGGGGAAGCAGCCACAGCCAACUCCUCUGCCCAACUGUUUCUUGUCACUUCAGUGCAGCUUCUUCAGGUGGCAGAGGCUCCAUCGAUGAUGAGCUCAGAUGGAUGGACUACCUACCAGCUGGAUCAAAAUCUGCUGGCCUCUGUGGCUCAGGGCCCUUUUUUGCUCCAGGUGCGUUGUCCAGACUGUCAGUGCCACGCAAGCGAACCAGACAAGACACCUUUUCUACACCUCCAUGCUCAACCUCGCGGUCCUGUGCGUUCACCUCGCCAAGCACCAGUAACUAUUCCCUGGUCUCCUUCUGCAAUCAACCUGCUCCAGAGACCUUCUGUGGAGAGACCUCAGCACAGCGACUGCCACCGAGCAGAGAUCGAAAUCAGCUUCGAGGAGCUGGGCUGGGACAACUGGAUCGUCCAUCCAAAGGUGCUGACUUUCUACUACUGCCAUGGGAACUGCUCAGCCUGGGAUCAAACCACUGCCAUGCUGGGGAUCACACAGUGCUGCGCUCCGGUCCCAGGGACCAUGAAGUCCCUGAGGAUCACCACGACAUCUGAUGGCGGGUACUCGUUCAAGUAUGAGACCUUGCCCAACAUUAUCCCUGAAGAGUGUACCUGUAUCUGA